AUGCAGGACUCUGAGCUCCAGGAGAUCUCGUCGGCUCUUCGCGCCGCUCGUCAUGCAAGACGCCUUUGGCCUGACCAACCUGAUUACGGCUUCCUCCUCGCGAGCACUUUCGUAUUCGAAGGAACAACUCUUAGCCUCAAGGACUUCAUCAAACCUUACGUCGAGCUUGAGCCAGCUUUCGUGCUGAAAGGCCCUCUCAAAGGACCCAACGUCACUGUGGCGGACGUCAUCAAUGCCAUAGACUACGCCAUCCCUGCGAUAGAGAUUAUCGACUCCAGAGUGCGAGAUUGGGCCAUCGACCUCCCGGACACACUGGCUGACAAUGGGUCCACCGGCGCCGUCAUCCUUGGGGGUACGCCUCGCCAGCUUACUGAUCUCACUUUGAGCAACACCAGAGGCACCCUAUGUUUCGAUGAUAAGGAGGUCAUGUCGGGCAACACCGGAAAUGUACUAGGGAACCCGCUGUCCGCCGUGGCAUGGCUAGCGAAUAAGCUUGCGAAGUACGACGUUGGAUUCGAUGCAGGACAGGUGAUCUUGCCUGGUAGCUGCCUGCAGGCGGUGCCGAUGCAGGAAGCUGGUCGUUGGUCUUGCACGUUUGAGGGAUGGGGAACUGUCGAGUUUGAUGUCGCCGAAUAG